AUGAAAACAAAUUUGUCUUCGUCCAAUAUUCCAGCAUAUGAAAAACAAACGAGCCACACCAGUGAUAACAAAUCAAUCAGCCCCUCUUCGAGUCCCAGGAGCAGCCCCAGGCCUUCGCCCAAACCUCAAACCAAAAGGGAUCAUUCGAAGUCGGACAUCCACUUGAACGUGAACUACAAACAACAGAAUUCCACUCACGAUGGAUCGCCUUCAAGCCAAGACAGCUCGUCGAGGGAACGCCUGAGCAUCAGCGGCAGCACCAAUAACAUCGAGAUCACGCCGCCGCAAUCGCAGGACUUCAAGUCCGAUUCGACGAAUUCGAGCAAAGAGAAAGAAAGGCGAGACGUCAAGGGCAAGAAGAAAUCGUCCUGGUUCAAUUCCUUCUAUUCCACGUACAAAUCCAAAUCGGAGGAUUUGAAGAGGUUGUUCAAAGAGGUGCCCGACGAUGAGAGACUUGUCGUAGACUACGCUUGCGCCUUGCAAAAGGAGAUUCUGCACCAGGGUCGGAUUUACGUUACUCAAAAUUACCUGUGCUUCUAUGCUAACAUAUUCGGUUGGGAGAGGAAUCUGACGUUGAAAUGGAAGGACGUGGCGUCGAUAACGAAGGAGAAAACCGCUUUGGUCAUACCGAACGCCAUACUGAUAAGCACAAAGGGCGACAAGUAUUUCUUUGCCAGUUUCGUGUCGAGGGACAAGACUUAUUUGAUGUUGUUUCGAGUAUGGCAGAACGCGCUUAUGGAUCAACCGAUGUCGCCGCAGGAAAUGUGGCAAUGGGUUCAUCAAUGUUAUGGCAGUGAAUUAGGCUUAACGAGCGACGACGAAGAUUACAUACCUCCUCCUGCUACAGAAGAGGACAAACUAUCGGUGCGACUGUCAGUCGAAUCUUUCUCCGAGCAAGAAGGCCAAGGAAUCGACAACGUGAUGGAGCAAUCGACGGGAUCGUACGAGAAUCGCGGCGACGUCGACGAUAUGAAAAUGCCGACGUUCACCAUGCACAAACGGACCAAUUCGGAUUCGCGAAAUCCCACCGACGCCACCGAUAAUUCGGAAUCCGAGGCUGAUAAACCCAUCAAAAAAAAUUUUUCAUUUUCAUUCCUAAAAGAAGCGUUCACGAAAGACGCGCCCCCUCAUACGCCGCCCACCCCGGAUUCCGACGGUCCCCAUCCGAAUUUAGAUAAUUUCAUAUCGAGCGCCAAGGCUCAAUGCACGUGCCCGCACGUCGGCCGAAAAGUCUUGGACGAAGUGUUCCCGAUCCACGUGGAUCAAUUGUUCACCUUGCUGUUCACCAGUUCGAAGUUUUACUUGGACUUCCACGCCGCCAGGAAGACGACGGAUCUCACGCAGACGCCUUGGACGCACAAUCCCAUCGACAACAGCAAAAGUCGAGUGGUCAAUUUGACGGUGUCCCUGCUCGCCACUAUGGGGCCCAAGUCGGCGCAAUGUACCGAAUCCCAAACGAUGAAUCCGUGCAGUAAAGCCGGCGAGUUGUAUUCGAUAGAUAUAGAAUCGUUGAAUGCAGGCGUUCCGUACGCAGACAGUUUCUUCGUGUGUGUGCAUUAUUGUAUACAAAAGGUGUCAGAGACUCAUAGUUCAAUUGUGAUGUAUGUACAAGUUAAAUAUAAGAAGUCCGUUUGGGGUUUAGUUAAGGGAAUGAUAGAAAGAAACUGUUACGCUGGUAUCGAGGAUUACGCGGCUCAUUUGACGAGAGCCUUGCGAGCCGAAGCCGGCGAUGAAGGUAUUCCGGAAUCGAAGAAAAGAUCCCGCGCUAGAAAGAGGAGAAUCCAUUCUAAUCCGAAAGGCAGCGAAGAAAUGUUUUUCGUAAUUGCAGAUUCUCCUGUGAAAAUCAAGAAUACUGAGAGUAUUUUUAGUAGUGAAAUUUGUACCAUGAUAGUAUUUACCGUUUUAUUGUUACUGCUCGUUUUAAAUGUGAUGUUGUACUAUAAAUUGUGGUCGUUAGAGGACACGUCGCCGUACAAUAUGCUAGAUUUGCAUUUAUUAAAGAACCCGCCGAAAUCUCACGAGGAAUGGAUUCAAUUAUUGCAGCAGCAAGAAACGUUGCAUACUGUAGAAGCUCAAAAAUGGCAAAAGAUGUUGAAAAACUCCAUUGAAUUACUAAGACAAGCUGAAGAUUCACUAAACGAACUUCAGAAUUCUAUUCAAAAUACUUAUUCUAGUAAAUUAGCGUCAAUUUUGCAGCAGCAACAAAGCCGAGACGAAGCCAAACGGGAUUUAUAG